GUUGACUAAGAUUGUUUAUUUUCUUUCACAGCCUUACUGUGAUGCGCACUUCAUGUUCAGCUUUGCAGCUAUUUAAAUAAUUGCUCCUAGAACAUCUCAUGUAUAGCGCAUACAUAAAAGGUAUUAAUUGAAAUAGGCUCUCAGAACUAAUUAAGGAAAAUGACUGGCUGUGACAACAGUGAAAGAAAUGUAUUUUCUUCAGAUAUAUUUUCACUCUGUGUGAGGUCUGAGCUCUUGUCUGUUAUGAUGUGUGAAGCUUUUAGGAUCCAGACAUUCAUUUCUCUUCUUGACAGGAUUAAGUGAUAGUAUUCUGAGUGGAUCAACUAAAAAAUACGAGUGUUUAGUUGCAGACGCAAUGGUAUUACAUCUGCCAGUCUUUAUGUUUUCAGCUAGACCUGCAUCACUGUGGGAACACCGCAUUUGAAAAGCAAGUCCAGUCUUUCCAAAGUAGCCUGGCAAACUGUAGUGUGCUGUGAAAUACCCAAGGAAUGAUACCCCCUCCUCCCCACUUCCGCUCAGCUACACACCCACACACAGACCGACUUUUAUUGCUGUUGAAAGACAGAGGGGGGUUGUGACAAAAACGACAUAGGUAGAUGGUGAUAUAUAGUUUGUACGGCUUUUCCCAUCCCAGUAAAGAGCUGCACGUUAUUCUUUACUUCUCUAAUAUCAUUUUAAUGGUUCCGAAAGUACUUGAGCCAUAGACUUUUGCUCAAGAUGCUCUAAAAAUGUGCACCCUUAUCUUUCCCUUGAAUAUUAAAGUAUAAUACUGUUUUCUCCGCUACAUUGAUCGAUUAACAAAGCUUAAAAUAGCAAUAUUUAGCACUAUCUCAGUAUUGCAACUUCAGGAGCUUAAGCUCGCUGUAAGAUAUAGUCUGUUCUGCAGUUGCUUUUUAAAUGCUGCCUUGAGCUGAGAGGCAGAAUUAAUGUAAUGAGCAGCCUCCCGAGAGCUAAAUAGCUUAGCAUCGAGAAGACAUUUCUCUGGGUGGACCUGCACAGCUAGUGGUUCAGUCCUGCUGAUUAUGGUAACUUCACUGCACAAUGGACUUCUUCAGUCUGCAUACAGGCGAGUGCGUUCACUUGAAGAUAAUUGUGGACCACGGGAACAUUCCGGCUAUUUCCUUGAAGUGCAGAAGCCCUUGGAUUGUUUAUUAGCAAAGAUGUUGUUAUUGAGUCUAAUACAGGGACUUUGGGAAAAGUCUGUUUAUUGAAGGACCCCAUCAUGGACACACUGGAUUUCAUGCUCACAUCCUUAGUUGUUAUUAUGAUCAUUGUUUCGUUGCUGUCCAAUGUUCUGGUGCUGAUCUGUUUUCUUUACAGUGCCGAUAUUCGUAAACAGGUACCGGGAUUAUUUAUUCUCAACCUUACGUUCUGUAACUUGUUGAUAACGGGUCUGAACAUGCCGAUGACCCUCGUAGGGAUCAUUUACAAGGGACAGCCUGGGAAUGAACACUUUUGCCAAGUCCUUGGUUUUGCAGAGACGUUUCUUACAGCAAACUCUAUGUUGAGCAUGGCAGCCUUGAGUAUAGAUAGAUGGAUAGCGGUGGUGUUUCCCCUGAGUUACCACUCCAAAAUGCGCUACAGGGAUGCAGCACUGAUGCUUGCCUACACGUGGCUGCAUUCCUUGACUUUCCCUGUGGUGGCACUUUGUUUUUCCUGGAUCGGAUAUCAUCACAUAUAUGCUUCAUGUACCCUUAGUGGCGGACAGCCGGACAAAGAAUCCUCUUUUCUUAUUUUCACAGUGGUAUUCCACACACUCAGCUUUCUCGUCCCAUUCCUAGUGCUGUGUUUCACUUAUCUAAAGGUGUUGAAGGUGGCACGGUUUCACUGUAAGAGAAUUGAUGUCAUUACCAUGCAAACUUUGGUGCUAUUAGUGGAUAUUCACCCCAGUGUAAGAGAACGGUGUCUGGAAGAACAGAAACGCAGAAGGCAGCGAGCAACAAAAAAAAUUAGCACUUUCAUUGGAACCUUUGUCCUAUGUUUUGCACCUUAUGUAACUACAAGACUGGUGGAAUUAUCUCCUGUUGUUUCCAUAAAUUAUCACUGGGGAUGCCUUGUUAAAUGUCUGGCUUACAGUAAGGCAGUGUCAGACCCUUUUGUAUAUUCCCUGCUGCGUCAUCAGUACAAGACGACAUGGAGAGACAUUAUAAAUAAAUUUCUAAAAAGUUGUUCCAUAAACUCUUCUGCAGUGAGUGGUGAACCUCCAACUAGAAACUGUGCUCAAAGUAAUGAGUAACUCAUGGAGGUAACCUGAAAAAUUAUGUUCACUUAUUAAUAUGUUGUAGAACCUGAACAUUAUCAAGAAAUGGUAUUCAUUUAGGUUUCAAAAAAACGUCCUGCUGUUCCCACUGGACCAAAUUAGAAGAAGAGGGGUUUAUCGGUUAAAUGUAUUGUUUUGAACUGAAAAGAGUGGUGCACCUUUCUGAAUCAAUUAUUUGUAUGACAUCUUAAAGGUACUGUGAUAGUUCUAUACGUAAACUCAAUUUUUUAUAAACGAGUCAGGAAAUUCUUCAGGUUUCAUUAAAUUUUUACAAAUCAUUCUUACAAUAUAAAACCACUGAAAUGUAUGAUCACAGCUAGCCAGUGUAUUUUCAUUGUACUGAAAUACAAGGGAAACAUGAAGAGAGGUAUAAUAAUGGCAUUAGAAGCCUCAUUUAAUACAAUAAGGUAAAGUAACUCUUGGAUGCCAGUUUUAAACAUAAAUUAUUCAGGUUUUUCUUAAUGUUCUCAGUAAGAAUGUAUGUAUGCAUUUGUAAAUAAAUAAAAAUGUAUGUAUGUGUGAGUAUAUGUAUAUAUGUCUUUCUUUCAGAAACUUAUUCAUACAAAGUUUGAAUAAAAUAGUAAAAUAUUUAGAACUGUUAAUGAAAUGUGAACAUUAAAAAGUCUUUAAAAGAUUAUGUGAAUAUGAAUUCUUGGAAGUUUGGGCUGCUUUCAGCGUGCUCAUAGAAUAUUAUUGUUCAUGUUUUAAAGUGAGGACAUAUGUUAAAAUGAGAUGCAUGAAAAAUAGUACCUCAUAUGCACACUGCAAAUAACUGAAACAGAAUCUGGCAAAUAUCCUUAACAGCUAACCUUGUAUAAUACAAAUCGCUAAACAAUAAACAUUACACAAUUUAUGGGUAAAUAUGAAUAGAAACAGCAGAUUUCAAACUUCUGCAAACAUCCUCAGUACUCUUCAUCACAACAGUAGUUGGAAGACCAGAUGUCAGAGCAACUAUAGAUUGUAGAUGCUGUUGUUUAGAGUCAAUGGAAAGUUUCACUCAAGAAAUCAAAAUAUGACUUAGUAAUUUAACCUUCCUGACUGCAUCAUUGAUAAUACAAUAACAGUAGCACUUGCAAGGAAAAAUAUACUGGUUUUAUUUGUUUAUUUUCUUUCAACAAGGAGAAAGUGAGUGAUACAUGGAAGUGAAUGCGUGGGGGGAGGGGUUGAAGCAACAAUGACGAUAUGCAUAGUGACAAUACUAAUGGCAUAGCAAUUUCAAUACAGCCUUUUAUGUUAACAAUAGAUGCCACAGUUUAAAAUAUAUGUAAUAAAAUUCCACCAAAGGAGUCGACAAUAAAACUAGCUUUGCAUGUCAUAACUUUAUGUAAAAUAGUUUUCCUUUUAAAGAAGACACGACAGUACAAAUACAUAUACAAGUCCAGUAUACUGGCCAAGACUGAUCCGGUGCUCUGAGAAUGAUAUUGUAAGAAAGAUUCUCAGAAAAACAGAAAUACAGCUGAUUUAUUAAUGUGAAUUUAUAAACAUACUUGCAUGCAUUACCUUAUUGCUCUACAGUUUAGACCAGCACCAGUUGUAAUAUUUCAGGAUGUGGAACAUGUAUAUGUUACAGUAUCUGCUAAAGUAUUUUCUCAUGUAGAAUAACAUAUGCUGCACAUAACUUACCAUGAAGUGGAAUCUGCUAUACAUCACUAUACUAUGCACAAACGUCAUUUACAAGAAGAGCUGGCUUCUGAUGCAGAUAAUCUGAAUUCAUUCUUCCUCCUAGUUCAAGACAUAGACAGCGUCUGUUAGUGUAAGAAUGAGUCCUACACUGGUAGAGGCCACAUCAAAGGAGGAGCUCUUACAAAUGCAAACCAGCAAUAAUAGCCACCUCUGUACAGGGAAGGAAAUUCUGACCAUGACCCAGAUGUCUUGGGCUUCAUAGCAAACAAUGCAGCAAAAACUGUCCUAAAAGGCAGAAUAGUUUUGAAAUAGGCCCUCUCAGCCCUCCUGGGGGAUGUUUUGAGGCAUGUGUUUUAGAAUUGCACUCCACCUACAAUCUCCAUCUACAUUCAAGGAGGUAAAGAUAUGAAGGCAACACUGUUUCCUAAAGCAAGUAACAAGCUUUUCCACCAUUGCAAUGCAAAUGCAAGCAUUCAGUUCUUGGACCUAGCACAGGUUAAUGGUAGGCUGUAAGUAUU